GAGAGAGAGAGAGAGCGCGUGUGGAUGUGUGUGGAGAGGACGAGCUGCGCUGUUGUAACCCGAGACCGUGAAGGAUGUAAGACAAAGACGAAGCAGGGAAGCUUUGGAGGGACAGUUAGGCUUCCAGGAUAUCCACACUGAUUUUGGAAUACCAACAACUUAAGUGAUACAGCUGGACUCAGAAUGGGAACUGUCCCUAACCCCAAACGGACUGUUACUGUUCAAAUGGUCCCACAACUGUCUGGUAUAGAUACUUUGGGUAACAAAGAGACAAAUGCCAACUGGGACCAGGAAUCAAACUUAAAUGUGAAGCGCAGUCACUCCUCUGCUCAAAAAACAAAACCUGAUCAGGAUAAUAUGCAUUUAAAGUCCCCCAGUAAAGGUCCCACAAAUCUUGGAGAAAAGCUCUUGGAAGGGACAUCCAACUCUCCUUCAUCUGACAGUGGAGGUCAUAAGAACCCUGGGGCCCAGGAUCGUGCAAACAUCAAGACGGGUCAAUGUGAGAACAAUGCUGAGGAAAGUCACAAGGAUGGCAAUGCUAAUUCAAGACCGUUAUCAGCCCUUUCUGCCAAAAGGGAGGAUGUGUGUGUGACUAGCCCGUCAUCUGUAGUUACGUCGCCUAAAGUUGACAAGGAGACGAAUGGCAAUGGUGCAAAAAUGGCAACCAAAAGGGAGGGGUGUGAGGACAAAGUACAGAGUAGAGCAUCAGUGACUGAGGAAACCAUUUCUUGUACGGGUACAAUGCACAAUCAAAAGCUAAGCCACACUAGUGACCCAAAGCUGACGGGCUGUGCUGCGGUGUCACCCCAACAGAAUGCACUUACCAGCUCUAGAAACUUAAACGAGGACACUUCCCACUUACCUGAAUUGAAAGAUUCAAGUUGCGCUAUGAAAUCAGACCAAGCUCUGACAACCAGCUUGGAUCUGCUGAAGCAACCACCACCAGAUUCAACCGUGAAAGCCCAAGGAGCAGUUUCCUCCAAGGUGUUUACAACAGAAGUUUCAAAAUCAGCAGAGACCUCUCAGCCAACAUAUAUCAAUGAGAAACCUGAGACAGGUGUUACUCAACAAUCAGACAAGACACAGCCCACAUCUGUUAAAGAGACAGGUCACAUCUACAAAUCAGAAUGCCCAGAAAACAGAGCAGAACCCCUUGUGACAUCACAAAUUUCUGCUGUCCACAACACAAUCCCAGUAAACAGUAUCCCGCUCUCCCCUGACACCUCCUCUUAUACUCAACUGACUGACGAAGCAGUUCAAACACAAGGCUCUGCCUCGGAGGAAAACAAGAAGACACACUGUAAGCUAUACCGUGAGGCUUCCACCAUGACGUCAGCAGCAGAUUGUGGCUCCUCACCCUGUAAACAACACCAAGACGUGGAAGUGCAGGCCGUGGCUGCGGUCUGCAGUCGAGCUGUGGCAACAAGUCCCAGCCUUUUUACGCACCAACCCAACCAGGCGUGCAUCUCUUCUCAGACGGAUGAAACAGAGAGCCUUGCAGUGGUUUAUAAAAUGGAUAAUGCAGAAGUUCCUUCACUUGUUCCCUCACAGAUUCUGAUGGGCACGUCAGUUAGUUCAUGUGGUCAGUCUAUAAUGGCCUUAUCAGAGAAGGUUCCUCAACCUGGCACUGUUUCGGUACACACUGAUGCUGCUCUACAACAGGAGUCUAGGCUUGGAGCCAAACCCAAAGAGCCUGGGCCUCCUCCGCUCAGUGCCCAGAAAGGAUAUCCGCCCCUUCAACCAGUUUAUCAGAUCAAUAUAGAGACAGUCAGCCAAAACAAGCCUUCAGCUGAGGCUAGCUGCCACAGUCAGGGCUACAAAGCCUCCCCUGUGCUUUCUACUUCAGACUCGUCGAAUCAGGACUCCAUGGGGAAAGGCCUUUGUGAGAUGCCGACCACAGCAUCUGAUCAGGCCUGUCGAGUUCUGUCUGACACAAGUGCUCAGUCAGAGCAACCUGCCAAGUCUCCUGCUGCUAAAUCCCCCCUUUCACAGCCUGAGCCCCCUCCGCAGGAAACCAUUCCUCAUGUAGAAGACAACAAGGCCAAAACAGAGGCUGCAAAAGCAGCUCCUGCUCCAUCUUCCAAGCUUCCAUGCUCCACAUCAGAGGACAAGAAGAAAACAGAGCAGCCGACAGACAAAGCUAAAGCUACAGCGGCAUCUUCAAAGCAGAGUGGUUCCAAGUUGGAGCCAGAGAGGAAUAAAAAGGAGGAGGAGAAGGCAGCUAAGCAGACCAAGAAGAGUGUCCAUGACGUGGUAUGGGACGAGCAAGGCAUGACGUGGGAGGUGUAUGGCGCAUCGCUGGACCCCGAGUCACUCGGCUUUGCUAUCCAGAGUCACCUCCAGUGCAAAAUCAAGGAGCAUGAGAAAAAGAUUAUCGCUCAGACGGUGUUCAGGAAAUCCAUGUCAGGUGGAGCAUCUGACUCGCCAUCGGGGAGGAAAAGCAAGCGGAGGCAGGCUAACGUGUUCAGGUCCAUGUUCCAAAAUGUCCGACGACCCAACUGUUGCGUACGCCCACCCCCCUCAUCGGUGUUGGAGUGAGAACUGCUAAGUAAUCGUGGUCCCACAAGAUUGUUCUAGUGCAAAGCAUGACAGAACUACCCCCGUUCCUGAUGACGGAUUUGUGGCAUUUAAACCCUAUUGGUGAUAUGAGUGUUAGAAGGUGGAAAACAGUGUUAGAGGAAAUAUUUUUAGAGACUAAAAAAGCUAUUUACGUGGAGAGUCAAGUCAUUAGCAGUAUUUAGAGUGAAAUGGCAAUAAUGAUACUUAAUACAGUGUUGAUAAUGGAACAAAUUUAGUUAUGUGCAUGUAUAUUUGUUCAAAUGGCCAGCUAUUAACCUCACAUUGUGGAAUCCACAUUUAUGCAUUGCACUGAUUAUUAUCAGAUGUAAGCAUACUAAUUAUACAUUAUUUUCCACAAAGUUUCACAAAAACUUUGUGCAGUUUAAUUCUUAUUGUACUCUCAGUACAGUAAAGUGUUUGGUAAAUAUUUGUUUUGCAUUUCUGACAGUGGACUGGCCCCCAUUUUUAGCAUUUCAUGGGUUCUCAAAGUUUCAGAGAUUCAUUACAAUUACUUAGACUUGAUAGAGUAAAAAAAUCCACAAUAUGUUGUGCUUGUUGUUAUGCAUAAAGUAAACUAAGCCUGUGCCAUUCAA